GUGGGACAGUCAACUCAUUUGCUCUGACAGUUUUUCUAUGAAGCAGUGCAGUGACAGCUGAAGUUGCUUUCAAGAAGUCAUCUCAAAACUGGUCUGACGGCAUCCAAUAGCUUAACUUUUCUUAGCACAGGAGACAAAUCACCUUGAAUUUCUUAAUUUUUCAAGUUGGUGACAAUGGCAACUAAUUUUGGAGUUACCUCAGCAGUGUUUUUCAUCUGGGUUAUGACAUUCAUGGGUCAAAAUUACUUUAUAACAGGUUCUGUUCUUUCAACUUGCAGGAUCACAGGUGUAGGAAUUUAUGUUGAGGAGAAAGUGAAUUUCUCAGAAGCAAGUAAGGCAUGUAAUCAACUGGAUCUACAAUUGGCAAGUAAAGACCAAGUUGAAAGGGCUUUGAAACAUGGCUUUGAAACGUGCAGCUAUGGAUGGGUGAAAGAUGGAUUGGUUGUCAUUCCUCGGAUAACAUCCAACAAGAAGUGUGGUAAGGGCAAUGUUGGACUAGUGCUAUGGUAUGCUGAACAGUUCAAAACAUUUAAGGUUUACUGCUUCAAUUCCUCAGAUGUUCAGAUUAAUUCAUGUAAACCAGAUCCAGCUACAACCAUACUACCUUCAUCAAGUGCACCAACGGACUUAACUGCGUAUUCAGGCUCUGACUUGACUGAGAUCAUCACCUCAGCCCCCAGUGUGACUGAGUCAGAACAAUCCCUGAAAAAUAAAAAGUUUCGUGUAAUAUGUAUAACUGAAACUAUACUACCAACAGAGGGGACUACUACAAAAAUGCCAGAGGAAUACUCACCAAUUUACUCUCCUAACUACACUUCCCAUGAUGCCAUUGUCUUUGGAGGUAUCCCCACUGCACUUCUUGUACUGGCAGUUAUCUUCUUUAUUAUUUCAGUUGUUCUAGCAGUCUGCUAUAUCAAAAAGUACAAGAAAACCUUCCCAUUUUCAAACAAGAAUCAGCAAAAAGAAAUGGUUGAAACUACUGCUCUCAAAGAGGCCAAGUCAAAUGACAAAACACCUGAGAAGGAAACAAAGAAUAACGGAAAAAACUUAGAAGAGUCUAAAACCAAGCCUGAGGCCACAGUAAAAUGUCUAGAAGCAGAAGUUUGAGGGGAAGAACGUAUGCUUCUUGAUAGAAAUACAAAACGAAGCACACAGAACUUAGCAAUGCUUUUACA